GACUUUGUGUGCCACUGAUUCAGUCGCAGGAGGAAACUAAACAGUAGUUUGACAGUACCGGAGACAUGUGUGGAAUAUUUGCGUAUCUGAACUAUCACGUCCCUCGCACUCGGCGUGAGAUCCUCGAGAUCCUGCUGAAAGGCCUCCAGCGGCUGGAGUACCGUGGCUAUGACUCGGCAGGAGUGGGCAUCGAUGGAGGAAACACUAAAGACUGGGAGAACAAUGCCAAGAAUAUUCAGCUGAUCAAACAGAGAGGAAAAGUCAAGGUUCUGGAUGAGGAGAUCCACAAGCAGCAGGACAUUGAUUUGGAAGCUGAGUUUGAUGUGCACUGUGGUAUCGCACACACCCGAUGGGCGACACACGGUGUUCCCAGUGCUGUCAACAGCCACCCACAGAGAUCUGAUAAACACAACGAGUUCAUUGUCAUUCAUAAUGGAAUUAUUACCAACUACAAAGACCUGAGGAAAUUCUUGGAGAGUAAAGGCUAUGAAUUUGAAUCAGAAACAGACACUGAGAGCAUCGCUAAGCUGGUAAAGUACAUGUAUGACAACCGAGAGAAUGACGAGGUCAGUUUCGCCACACUUGUUGAACAGGUCACCCAGCAACUGGAGGGAGCUUUCGCCUUGGUGUUUAAGAGUGUACACUUUCCAGGAGAGGCUGUAGGAACAAGGAGAGGAAGUCCGUUACUGAUGGGUGUAAAGAGUGACCACAAACUUUCAGCCGAUCACAUUCCCAUCCUGUACCGCUCCGCUACUAAAGACAAGAAGAGCUGUGGUACUCUUCCCAGACUGGAUCAGGACACCUGCCUGUUUCCUGUAGAUGAGAAAGCUGUUGAGUACUACUUUGCCUCUGAUGCCAGUGCUGUAAUCGAGCAUACAAACCGAGUAAUCUUCCUGGAAGACGAUGACAUUGCUGCCGUGUCAGAGGGCCGUCUGUCCAUCCACCGGAUCAAACGGACAGCAGCGGAUCGUCCUGCUCGUGCUAUCCAGACCUUGCAGAUGGAGCUGCAGCAGAUUAUGAAAGGUAAUUUCAGCUCUUUCAUGCAGAAGGAGAUCUUCGAGCAGCCCGAGUCUGUGGUUAACACCAUGAGAGGCAGAGUAAACUUCGAUGACAACACAGUCAUUUUGGGAGGGCUGAAGGAUCACAUCAAGGAGAUUCAGAGGUGUAGAAGGCUCAUCCUCAUUGCCUGUGGUACCAGCUAUCACGCAGGCGUGGCUACUCGUCAGCUGCUGGAGGAGCUGACUGAACUGCCCGUCAUGGUGGAACUGGCCAGUGACUUCCUCGACCGCAACACUCCCGUCUUCCGUGACGAUGUGUGUUUCUUUAUCAGCCAGUCAGGCGAGACAGCAGACAGCCUGAUGGCACUACGGUAUUGUAAGGAGCGAGGUGCCCUCACUGUGGGCAUCACCAACACGGUGGGCAGCUCCAUCUCCCGUGAGACUGACUGCGGUGUCCACAUCAAUGCUGGGCCUGAAAUCGGAGUGGCCAGCACAAAGGCGUACACCAGUCAGUUCGUGGCGCUCAUCAUGUUCGCCCUGCUCAUGUGCUCCGACAGAAUCUCCAUGCAGCCCAGGAGAAGAGAGAUCAUCCAGGCUCUCCGAGUACUGCCAGAUCUAAUUAAGGAGGUCCUGAGUUUGGACGAGGAGAUCCAGAAGCUGGCUGUUGAGCUCUACCAACAGAAAAGUGUGCUCAUAAUGGGCAGAGGCUACCACUACGCCACAUGCCUGGAGGGGGCUCUGAAAAUAAAGGAGAUCACGUACAUGCACUCGGAGGGCAUCCUGGCUGGAGAGCUGAAGCACGGCCCUCUGGCUCUGGUGGAUAAACUGAUGCCUGUAAUUAUGAUCAUCAUGAGAGAUCACACAUAUAUCAAGUGCCAGAAUGCCCUGCAGCAAGUGGUGGCACGACAGGGUCGUCCCAUUGUGAUCUGCGAUAAGGACGAUUAUGAGACCAUAAAGAACUCGAGUCGCAACAUCAAAGUGCCGCACUGUGUGGACUGUCUGCAGGGAAUCCUCAGCGUCAUCCCUCUGCAGCUGCUCUCCUUUCACCUGGCUGUCCUCAGAGGAUAUGAUGUGGAUUGUCCAAGAAACUUGGCCAAAUCAGUCACGGUGGAGUGAAGCCUUCAUGUUUCAGCCUCUUCCAGAGUGUGAAGUACGGGGAGUGAAAUACAAUCGCACACACACUUAGUUCAUACAGGUCUUCUAGUAGUCUUUUAUUCUUGACCUAUUCUGAACCUCUCGUUAAAGAGUAGCACUGUUUAUUGUAUCGUCCUUUAUGUUUGUGGUGGCAGGGUAUGUAUGGGCUGCUUUGUGCUUGAUUACCUGGAUAGUUCAUCUCGCUAUGUACCCAUGUGAAGUACAUGACUGAGAUCAUACAUGUUCAGUCAGGAACAUGACAUGCUUUUGAUCAAUUGAAAAUGAAGGCAUGUUGGCACAACUACACAUUGAAGACUAAAAGUUCCUUGAUGUUGCUUUUUUACAUCCAUUCUAGUUGAAUAACAAAAUCAAAAUUGUUAGUUCAUUUCUGUGACUUGUUAUAUCAAUAUCUGGAUAUUCCUGCUCACUGUAGUGUCCCUUUACUUACUGUAAAAUUGUAAUAAGGCAUUUGGAAUAUGGAACAGCAGCAAGUGUAGCCAAAAUAUUACUCAAAUAAUCACUGCUUUAAAACAGAAGAGAAAAACAUAGCAACUCGGUGUGGUGCGUUUUCCCACUGAAUGCUCCCUUCAGCCAUAAACAUUUAUCUUCCUUAAAAAGUCACUGACAUUUCCUUUAAAUAGGGAAUAUUUGACUCUUUUACUGUUUUUCAUUUGAGCAAAAGUGAAUGUAAACAAUGUAAACAAUGUAAACUUGAGAUAAAAAGAAGUAUAUUCAUGUUUAUAAUUUCCAGCUGCACCCAGUAAACACGUCUUUUUAAUUAUUACUUCCUGACAAUCUAAAACAUCUUGUUUUGUGUUUAAAUACUAUUUUUAACAUUGUGGAUAUUGGAAUAACCAGUAAGUCUAAAUAACUGUGCGAAGAUAAUGAAGUAAUGAAGAUAAUAAACCAUGUUUAACAGGGCAGUGUUAGCUCAGCAGUUAAGGUUCUGGAUUAUUGAUUGUUAGGUUGCAAAUUGUCACUGAGGCCCCUGAACAAGACCCAUAACCUUCACUUGCUUUCAUUGUAUUCAGUCAAAGUUGUAAGUUGCUUUGAAUGAAAGCUUCUGCUAAUGAAUUUGAGGUAAACCUCUUUACCAUGUUUAACCAAGACAAUAUUUUUGUUGUUUCUGUCUAUUUACAUAUAUUGUGUGGUAAUGAACGUUGCUCUUUCAAACAAGUCUUAAGUUUACAGUGUGACUCCCGAGCCCAGAAUCACCAAAAACAUGAAGGUUUUUUGUUUUGUUUUUAACUAAUUACACUUUACACGUAGUGACUACAUACUGUGCCACCUUUCAAAUUUUUGAAUGUUACCAUGGGACCAUGUGCUUAAUAUUUGUCUUUUUUAUUAUGUGUGCGUUUUCUAUUCUAUUGUUACUGGGUACAGAACAGUUACGUUAUUAUUGUAAUGCUUAUAUCUCAUAAUAGCCACAAUCUCAUGUCUUUAUUCUAUGUAAAUGAUUAUAUAUUGCUUGAUUUCUUUACCUUACCUGUCUGCUUAUAUGUAACCAAAGUCGUUUCAUCCUCAGAUUUUUGGAUUUUGAUUGUUUCAAUUGAUUAGUUUUUUUUUUGUUAUUAUUAUAUGGGUCAUGUUGCUGGUUUAGAUGAAGAUAAAUGCACUUUGCUCCUUUUUGGACUUUUCAGGUCCAUAUUAGUACAAAACAUUUUGUCUUUAUUGAUUGCCGUGUCUGUACCCUCACGAUUUAUCAGUCAGUGUCGCUCAUGUGCAAAAGCAGCUUUUGAGCGACACUCACUACAGAUGUAAAGCACUGUGAUGAUGCUCUACAUUUUGGACCUUACAUCAUAUGUUAUCGUUAAUAAAUGCUGCUGAGCCUUUAUUAGGAGUUUCCAAUUUGUGUGACUGAUCUGUCUCAAACCAUGGGGUUUUACUUACCAUAGUAGUUGCAAUAAAAAGCUUCGUCUUUCUC